CUCAACUCACAAAUAACCGCCCAUAACACAUUCAUGCGAUUCUUUUAUCCUCGCCACCUUGCUUUCCUUACAACGCCUAUAAACAUGUCUAGAUAUUGAUGCCCUUGGACUCUGCUCCGACAGCGGAUGACGUCUUCGCUGCAAUGUUUUCCUACCAUCCGCGCGACCCCCUGCACCCAACGCAGUCCCACCGGCUUAACUCCCAUCAACGAACCAGAACGAGCGCUCCUUCAGAGGAACUCACUCAGGGCUCGACCAUAUCAGGCCUUACCUCUCUUGAGAACGACACAGACGAAUUCGGUCAAUUCAUGAUACAGCAAGCACGCGACGAGAAGCGACUACGUAGUGCGAUAAACAGCAAUGUACCGAUACAACCUUUCCGCAAAGCGCGCAAGCAGCAAUCCCUGUCCUUGACCUUCCAGAAUCUCGAACGUUCAAACUCCGAUAGCAAAUACGAGCUAGGCUAUGGUGCAAACAGGGAAGCGGGCAGCCCGGCUAGCAUCAAUGGCAGUGAUAUGUCAGAUCCUCCUUUGCGGUUACCCACGACCUGGGGACGGAAAGGACGCGUCAAUCGUGACUGGAUAAAGACCAUUGCAGCUCCUCAGGAUGCGACAGGCGAGUUAGGACAGGAACGUUGGGGUCACGACACAGCAUCAAGGAGCAAGAGGUCGAGCCUUGGACCAGCGAGAGAUUCACGACGUUCAAGUCUAAGCCCCAAUCUUGAGACUUCCUUUGCAAAACGGCUGUCGGUGUCUCCUACACCAAGAAGCUACUCGCCUGUUGCCAGGGUCUCUUCUCCGAGCCCUCGCAGCUCUUCGCCAUUCCCAAGAUCCGGAACCCCAGUGUCUCGAAUACCCCAACCCUCGCCAAAACCUGCUACGCCAACCCCCAGCGCAUCAAGAAUCCCUCGACUAGCCAAAUCAAAUUCAGCGCUUCAUGAGAUAGCUGCUUUGGAGCUCGAAAGUGACCUUAGCCUGAAUUCGGUCAUCACUUCGACGCCUGCGCCUUCUUCCAGGCUACUUCAAUCUAUAAGGUCGGAACGAGUCAAACUAGAGCAGGCGAAGAAGGACCUGGACGAAGAGCAUUGCUCAACUAUCAUCAACACUGUACUCGGCCCUGAGGUAGAUAGCUCAGACUCCACAAGAGACACCCUCCGCGCGCUUUCUCGAAUACUGACGCCCAGGAAAUCGCCCCCAGAGGAGCAAGCGCAAGCGAAAGCACACCAUGAUACUAAAUCAAAGCCGUCCGCACCUGUUACAGAGAGGACAGAUACGAUUCUAGAAGGGGCUAUAGACUCAGCGGAGGAACAGACGAGAGCAAAUGGCAAGGUGGAGGAGGAUCCAGACAUGGAAAUCAGAGCUUCUUUCGAUAUAAAGCAAGAAAGUCCAAAGCGCAAAGCAGUCGCUCGAUUUGUUGAAAGUCCGCGACGGCAGAGCCAGCCUUCAAAUCAGACUCACAACAAAAGUCUCAGUGUGCCGAGUCUGGCAGCAUCUUCUGCCCGAGAGGCUACCUCUAACCCAGCCAACCUACGAAAGAGAUCCACCACAGAUAGUGAAACAAGGAUAAAGCCGCGUGAUCCUGCGCCGGACAAGUCACCCACGAAGCUGGCCCGGGUCGUGACUCGCCCUGAGCUCCCCAAGUCCGCCCUCGAAGCCCUUCUGUCUCGCGCCAAAUCUACCGAGGAGACUCUCGAACCAUUAGGCGAUUCGACGAUUGACUCACUCGAGGACUUUUUCACUAUGAAGCGCUCUGGUAGUGGCCAGGACGACCUCGAGGACGACACUCUCGCGGGUAUUCAAGUUGCCAACAAUCCGCCAAAGAACGAUAAUGAGCGUAAGCGCUUCCAUGAGGUUGACCAGCUCGUCGCGAUGAACACACGACUACGCGCCACACGCGCCAACCUCCGGCAAUCAAGCCAAGGUUUGCGUAAGUUUGAGCACCAAGUCAACUCCAAAUCUCAAGAAACUGUGCCCUUUAAUCCCAAUUCCUCUACAUCCUCUACGUCGUCUGUUAAUUCUAUCAUGGCCGCGGAUGGUACGCUACACACGUGCCCUUCGACGACGAGAGAAAUCCUCAUCAUCAAUCCAUUUCUCCUAUUAUGGGCAGCUUUCAUUCGUCUAUUCUUUUACAUCGACCCGGCCACGAGCAAAAAGCAUAUGACGUGGUUCGGACUGGCAACUUUCUCAUUUUUAGGCUGGUUGGUUCUGGAAUGGAGUGCUUGUAACACAUUCUGCAGGCCGAGAUAUGCGGUGCGCAUGCAAGGGUACGGUAUCGACUUGUACGCGCCUGAGUUCCCAUUCGUCAUCCCAACACUCGUGUGGCGAUUUCUAGGUCUUGGGCCUGAUGAAGAAGAGGGUAGGUUUUGAAUAUGCUGCAGCACAUAGCGUGGCGUUUUGGUAUUGCGUCUACUAUUGGACAUAUCACGACUUUCAUGAUGGGGUUUUGUGGAUUUCUUGACCAGAAGUUGUAUUGUUGCGAUGUUGGGGUACAGCU